AUGUGUGGGUUGUGGGGGGUUGUUGUUUGGUUUGGUUGUGGGGGGUGGGUGUUGUUGUUUUUUUGGGGGUGGGGUGGGUGGUGGGGGUUGUGUGGUUGGGGGGGUGGUGUGGGUGUAGUGGGGGGUGGGGGGUGGGUGGUGGGGGGUUGGUGGGGGGGGGUGGGUGUGGGAGGGGGGGGGGGAUUGGGGGGGGGGUUGGUUUGUGGGUGGGGUGGUGUGGGGGGUGGUUAUUUGGGGUUGUGUUGUUUGUGGGGUUUGGGGGGGUGUGGUGGGUGGGGGGUGGUUAGAGUGAGGUGGGGGGUUGGGGUUUGGGGGGUGGGGGGGGGGGGGGGGGGGGGGGGGGGGGGGGGGGGGGGGGGGGGGGGGGGGGGGGGGGGGGGUGGGUUGUGGGGUGGGGGGUGGGGGUGGGGUGGGGGGGUGGGGGGGGGUGGGGUUGUUUGGUGGGGGGGGUGUUUUUUGGUUUUGGUGGGGGUUGUGGGGGGGUUUGGUGGUGGGGGGGGGGGUGGUGGUGGGUGGUGUUUUGGUGUUUUUGUUGUGGGUUUUUUUGUUGUUUGGGUGUGGGGGGGUGUGGGUUGGUUUGUGUUGGGGGGUUGGUGGUGUGUUGGUUGUGGUGUUUUUAGUGGUUUGUUUGGUUGUUUUGGGUUGGGUUGUGUUUGGGGUGGUGUAGGGGGUUUGGUGGGUUGUGGUUUUUAUGGGUGUGGUUUUGUGGGGUUGGGGGGGGGUUAUGGGUGGGUUUGGGUGGUUGUUGUGUUUUUUGGGGUGUGUUGGGUGUGUGUGGGGUUGGGUGGGUUUGUUGGUUUGUUUGGGGGGGUUUUGUAUGAUGAUAGAGAUGGGGGGUUAUGUUGGUGUUUGUUUGGUGGGUUGUGUUUUGUUGGGGGGGGGUGGGUGGGGUGGGUUUUGUUUGUUUGUGGGGGGUUGUUUUGGGUGUUUGGUUGUGGUUUUGGGGGGUGGUGUGUUGGGUGUGUGUGUUGUUUUUGGGUAGGUUUUUUUGGGGGGGAUGGGUUGGUGGUUGGGGGGUGUUGUUGUGGGUGGUGGUUUGUUGGGUUUGUUUGGUUUGGUUGGGGUUUGUUUUUUGGGGGUGUGGGGGUUUUUUUUUUUUUUUUUGUGUUGGGUGUGGUGGUGGGUUUGUGUUGUUUUUUUGGGGGGGUGGGUGGGGGGUGGGUUUGGGGUGUUUUGUGUUGUUGGGGGGUGGUGGUGGUUGUUUGGUGGUUUUUGGGGGUGGUGGGUGGGUGGGUUUUGGGGUUGUGUUGGGUUGGGGUGUGGGGGGGUUGGGGUGGUGGGUGUGGUUUUUGGGGGGGUUGGUUUUUUUUGUGUUGGGGGGGGUUGGUGGUGUGUGUGUUUGUUUGUGGGGGUUUUUGUGGUGUGUGGGGUGGUUGUGGUUUGUGUUGUUGUGGUUGUUUUGGGGUUUGUUUUGGGGUUUUGGGGGGGGGGGGGGGUUUGGGGGGGGGGGGGUGUGUGUUUGGUGGGGGGGGUGGUUGGGUUGGGUGGGGGGGGGGGUGUGUGGGGUUGGGGUGGUGGGGGGGGGUGUUGGUGGGGGGGGGGGGGGUGGUUAUGUGGGGUGGGGGGGGGGGGUUGGGGGGGGGGGUGGUGGGUGGGGGUGUGUGGGGGUGGGGGGUUUUGGGUGUGUGGGGUUGUGGGUGUGGUGGGUGGGUGGGGGGGGUGUGUGUUGUUGUUGUUUGGUGUGUGUUGUUGGGGGGUUGGGGUGUGGGGGUGUUGUUUUGGGGUGGUGUGGUUGUGGGGUUGGGUGUUGGGUUGGGUGUGUGUGGGGGGGUUUGGGUGUGGUGUGGGGUGGGUUUGGUUUGUGUUGGUGGUGGUGGUGGGGGGUGUGUUUGGUGGUGUGUUUGGGGGGGGUGGUGGGGUUGUGUGGGGGGGGGGUGGUUUUGUGUGGUGUUGUGGUGGGGGGUUGUUGGUGGGGUGGUUGUGGGGGGGGGGGGGGUGUUGUGGGGUGUGGGGGUUUGGUUUGUGUGGGGUGGGGUGGGGGGUGGGGUUAGUUGGGGGGUUGGGUGGGGGUGGGGGGUGUGUGGGGGGGGGUGUUUUUUGGUUGGGGUUUGGGUGGGGUUUGUUUGGGUGGGGGGGGUGGUGUUGUGGGGGGGGGGGUUGUUGUUUUUUGUGUUGUUUGGUGGGUGGGGGGGGGUGGUGUGGGGGUGUUUGGUGGUGGGUGGGUGGUUGGUUUGGUUGUUGGGUGGGUGGGUUUUUUGGGUGGGGGGGGGUGGGGGGGGUGGGGUUGGGGGGUGGGUGUGGGUUUUGUGGGGGGUGUUUGUUAUGUUGUUGUGGGUGGUGUGUGUGGGGGGUGGGUGGGUGGUGUUUGUGUUGGGGUUGUUGGGGGGGUGGGGUGUGGUGGUUGUGUGGGGUGGGUGGGUGGGGUGGUGGGGGUGUUGUUUGUUGUUUUUGUUGUGUUUGUUGGGUUGGUGGUGUUUGGUGGUUUGUUUUGUGUUUGGUGGUUUGUGUUUUUGUUGGUGUGUUGUGGGUUUUUGGUUGGUGUUUUUUUGGGGUGGGUUGGGGGGUUUUUUUGUGGGGGGGUGGUUGUGGGGUUUGGGUUUGGGGUUGUGUUGUGGGUGGUGGUUUUUUUUUUUAGUUGUGUGGGGUGUUGUUGUUGGGUUGAUUUGUGGUUUGGGUGUGGGUUGUGGGGUGGUGGUUGUUGGGUUGGUUGGGGUUUUUGUUGUUUUUGGUGUUUUAUUGUUGGGUGGUUUGUUGUGGGUGUGGGUUUUUGGAUGUUUGUUUUGUGUUGUGUGGUUUGAGUGUUGGGUGGGUUUUUGUGUUUGUUGGUGUGUGGGUGUUUGUUGGGUUUGGUGUGUGUGUUUGGUUUGGGGUUUUGGUGGGUGGUGUGGUUGGUGUUGUUUUGUUUUUUGUGUGUUUGUGGUUUGGGUUGGUGGUGUGGUGUGUGUGGUGUUUGGUGGGUUGUUUUGGGUGUUUGGGUGUUUUGGGUUUGUGUGGGGUGGGGGUGUUUUUUUUGGGGUGGGGUUUGGUGGUUGGGUUGGUGUUUUGUGGUUGGUUGGUUGGUGGGUGAUUUGGUUGGUUUGUUGUGUUGUAUUGUUUUGUGGGUUUGGGUUGGGGGUGGGGUGGGGUGGGGGGGGUGGGUGGGGUUUGGGGGGGUGGGGGUUGUUGUUGUUGUUUUUGGUUUUUUUGUUGGGUGUGGUGUGGUGUUUGGGUGUUUGUUUGGGUGGUGGGGUGUUGGUUGGUGGUGUGUUGGUGGGGGGGGUGUUUUGGGUGUGUGGGUUUGGUGGGGGGGGGGGGUGUGUUGUUGGGGUGGUGUGUGGGUUUGUUUGGGGGUGGUGGGGUUGGGUGUGGGUUGGUUUUGUGGGUUGGUGGGUGGUUUGUUGGGGGUUUGGUGGGGGUGUUUGUGUUGUUUUUUGUGGGGUGUUGUUGGUGUUGUUUGUGUGUGGUGUGGUGGUGUGUGUUGUUGGGUUGGUGUGGGGUUGGGGGGGGUGGGGGUGUGGUUGGGGUGUGGUUGUGGUGGUGGGUGGUGUUUGGUUGGUGUUUGUUGGUUUGGUGGUUGUGGGUUGGGUGUUGUUGGUUGGUGGUGGGGUGUGGGGGUUGUUGGUUGGUGGGUGUUGGGGUUUGGGUUGGGUUUGGUGGGUUUGGUGUUGGGUGUUUGGGUUUGGGGGUUGGUGUUGGGGGGGGGGUGGGGUGUGGGGGGUGUUUAUGGGGGGGGUUUGGGGGUUUUUAUUGGGGUUGGGGUGGUUUUGGGUGUUGUGGUUUUGGUGUGUUGUGUUUGGGUGUGGGGUUGAUUUGUGGGUUGUGGGUUUGUGUUUUGUUUGGGUUGGUUGGUGGGUUGUGUGUGGGGUUGGGGUUUGGUGUUGGGGGGUUUUUGGUUGGGGGGGGUUGUUUUUUUGGGUUUGGGGUGGUGGGGGUGGUUGGGGGUUUGGGUUUGGGGGUGGUUUGUGGGUUGGGGGGGUUGGGGGGUUGUGGUGGUGGUUGUGGGGGUUGGGGGGUUGUGUGGUUGUGUGGUGGUUGGGGGGGGUGUGUGUGGGUGUGUGGGGGGUGUGUGGGUGGUGUGUUGUGUGGGUUGGGUGUGUUGUGUUUGUGGGGUGUGUGUUGGUGUGUGGGUGUGGUGUGUGUGUUGGGUGUUUUUGGGUGUGUUUGUGGUGGGUGUGGGUGUUUGGUGUUUGUGUUGUUGUUGUGUUUUUGGUGUGUGUGUGGUGUUUUGGUUGGGUUGGGUGUGUUUUUGGGGGGGGGUGUGGGUGGUUUUUUGGGAUUUUUGGGUUUUUUGUGGGUGUUUGUUGUGGUGUGUGUUUGUUGUGUUUUUGUGUGUUGUGUGUUUUUGGGGGGGUGUGGUGUGUUUGUGGGGUGUUGUUGGGUGUUGUGGUAGUGGUGUUGUGGUGUGUGUGCACCGUGUGUGGUGUGGUUUUGGUUGUGUUGUGGUGUUUGUUUUGUUGUGGUGUGGGUUUUUGUGGUGGGGUGGUGUUUUGGGGGUUGGGGUGUGUUUUGUUGGUGUUUUUUGUGGUGUGUUGGUGGGGGGGUGGGGGUUGGGUGGGGGUGUGGGGGGUGUGUGGUUUUGUUUGGGGGGUGGGGGUGUUGUGGGUGGGGUGUGUGGGGGGGGUGGGGGGGUGGGGUGUGUUUGGGUGGGUGUGGUGGGGGGGGGGGGUUUGGGGGGUGGGUGGGGGGGUUUUGGUUGGGGGGUUGGUUGGUGGGGGGUUGGGGGGUGGGUGGGUUGGGGGUGGGGUGUUUUUGGUGGGGGGGGGUGGGUGUUGGGUGGUGGUGGGUGGGUGUGGGUGGGGGGGGGGGCAAUGA